AUGAUUGAAUUAUUCAAGAAGUUCUGCUCGAAAUAUUGUAGCAAAAGACGGGCUUUCUUUGCUACACUUACUGUGUUCACUACUAUGGGCAUUUAUUCCCUGGCAGUUGGUGUAUGGCUGUAUCUGAAACGAACCGAUUUCUACGAGUUAACUCCUACCUCUUUUUCUGCUUUCUCUACUGCUGGAUUAUGUUGCUCUACUGGAGUAGCUGUAUGCAUUAUAUGUACGGUUGGAUGGAUUGCGGCUACAGCUUAUAAUCGUCGUCUUUUGCUUACGUAUGUUGGCUUCGUUAUUCUCCUAGCUAUUAUUCAAACCGUAACAGGUGUCUUAGGAUUGUCCUACAAGGAAGCUGCCCGCGAACAUGUCCGUUUGGAUUUACUUCACAAUAUUAACCGCACUGCAUUGGUGACAAGUCAGGGACGAGUUUUCGACUUGACUGCUUCUUGGGACAAGCUGCAAAAGUCGCUGAAGUGUUGCGGUGUGAAUAAUGCGUCGGACUGGCACUAUUCUCGUCGCUGGCCAUUACAGCAGUUCGUCCCUGAUAGCUGUUGCGAUCCUGAAUAUUUCUCGAGUAUUGUCUCUAUGGGUCAUUGCGGAAAAGUAGACAACACUACUAUCCUUUAUCAACAGGGAUGUUUUGAAGUUUUUGCUGAUUGGCUUUAUCAUCAUGUAUCUGUGAUGAAUUGGAUUUCUUUGACUCUUCUUUUUGUCGAGCUUUCUUCCCUCGCUAUCGCCGUUUCCUUGGUUAAUUCUGACUCAUUCUUUGUGGGAUCAUCAGGAAAAAGCCGUGAUGAAUAUCAUCGCUGCUUGGUGGAGAUGAACGAAAUUGAAGCAAGAGAUUUGCGUGUCCAACCUAUGGACAGAAUUGGCGAUGCACGUCAGGAUCCUUUGGAUAACAUCCUCUAG